AUCACCUUUAAGAGGGGAAUGCCGCUGGCACAUCUGUUCCCGGUGACGGUAAUGUCCAGCGCACCAGUGCGGACCCCUAACGGGGAGGGAUCGGAGCAUCGAAGGGAGCUGACCGCUGAAGCCUUUAACUUCGGGGAUUCCCCAGUGUCGCCGGAGUGGAAACGCAGGCUAGUGGAGAAGAUGCUGAAGAUGGAAGCUGUUUUUUCUCGGGGCGAGUUUGAUGUUGGCUGCUCCAAAAGCACUCGCCACACCAUCCGGGUGACGGAGGACACCCCGUUCCGAGAGAGAUCCCGGCGGCUGGCUCCGGCAGAUGUUGAGGACGUGCGACAGCACUUGUGCAAGUUGAAGGAGGCCGGAAUCAUAGCUGAGUCUCGAAGUCCUUAUGCGUCCCCAAUAGUGGUGGCACGGAAGAAGAAUGGGCGAGUGCGCAUGUGUGUUGACUACAGGACGUUGAAUUGGCGAACUGUCCCUGAUCAAUAUACUGUCCCAAGAGUCGAGGAUGCGUUGGCCUGCCUGAGCGGUGCGAAGUGGUUCAGUGUGCUGGAUUUAAGAAGUGGGUAUUACCAGAUCCCGAUGAGUGCGGCCGAUAAAGAGAAGACCGCUUUUAUCUGCCCGCUGGGGUUCUUUCAGUUCGAACGAAUGCCCCAAGGCAUAUCCGGAGCCCCAGCCACCUUCCAGAGGCUCAUGGAGAGAACUGUGGGGGAUAUGAAUCUGUUGGAGGUGCUGGUGUACCUGGACAAUUUGAUAGUGUUUGGAUCGACUUUGGAGGAACAUGAGGAGAGACUGUUGAAGGUGUUGGGCCGGCUUAAUGAAGAAGGGUUGAAGCUUUCCCUGGACAAAUGCCAGUUCUGCAAGUCGUCGGUUAACUACAUUGGCCAUAUCAUUUCGCGAGAGGGAGUGGCUACUGAUCCAACCAAGAUAGAGGCCGUGACCACCUGGCUGAGACCCCAGAAAGUGGGUGCUCUGCGCUCAUUUUUGGGGUUCUGUGGGUAUUACCGGCGAUUUGUGAAAGGAUACGCCAAAGUGUGUCACCCGUUGACUCAGCUGUUGUGUGGCUAUCCCCCGGUGGGGAAGAAGAGGACGGGGAACCAGAGGCAGGAUGCUGGAGGAUACUGGAACCUGGUGGAACCUUUUGGCUCGAGAUGGGAUGAUCAAUGUGAAGAGGCGUUCCGAUCUUUGAAAAGGGCACUGACCCAGGCCCCGGUGUUGGCUUUUGCCGAUCCCCAGAAGCCAUAUGUGCUGCACACGGAUGCCAGCCGAGAGGGUCUCGGGGCUGUUCUGUACCAGGAGCAUGGCAAAGCAUUGAGGCCGGUAGCCUUUGUCAGCCGAAGCUUGUCGCCAUCGGAGAGAAACUAUCCCACUCACAAGUUGGAGUUCCUGGCGCUGAAGUGGGCGGUGGUGGACAAGCUGAGCGAUUACCUUUACGGAGCCAAGUUUGAGGUGAGAACGGAUAACAAUCCUCUCACUUAUAUUUUGACUUCGGCGAAGCUGGAUGCCACAGGACAUCGGUGGCUGGCGGCAUUGUCGGUAUAUGAUUUCAGCCUGAGGUACCGCCCCGGAAGCAAGAAUAUCGAUGCAGAUGCAUUGUCUCGUCGGGAGCCGGGGGAGGAGGAGAGGGACGAGGAGUGGGAGAGUGUCCCUGCCCCUGGAGUGAAGGCGAUGUGUCAGUUUGUUAUCACCGUGAAGGCCGAGGGAAGAGGGAGGCUGGAACGAGCCGUGGACCAUUUGGGGGUUUUUGACGACGCCAUACCCCUAGUUUACUGUGACCUGACCGCUCUGGGGACUAAACAGUUGCCGGAACUGAGUCCGGGGGAAGUGGCAACUGCUCAGCAAAAUGACCCGGGCAUUGGCACAGUGUGGAGAGCGGUCGAGAAGGGGGAUGGGGCGUUGGCUGAGAAGGCGAAACACCCAUACGUGCCUCUGUUGUUGAAGGAGUGGUCUCGGUUGAAGUUAAAGAACAAAAUCUUGUACCGGGUAACAACGCCUCCGGACCAACCCCGCUGUCUGGCACAUCUGUUCCCGGUGACGGUAAUGUCCAGCGCACCAGUGCGGACCCCUAACGGGGAGGGAUCGGAGCAUCGAAGGGAGCUGACCGCUGAAGCCUUUAACUUCGGGGAUUCCCCAGUGUCGCCGGAGUGGAAACGCAGGCUAGUGGAGAAGAUGCUGAAGAUGGAAGCUGUUUUUUCUCGGGGCGAGUUUGAUGUUGGCUGCUCCAAAAGCACUCGCCACACCAUCCGGGUGACGGAGGACACCCCGUUCCGAGAGAGAUCCCGGCGGCUGGCUCCGGCAGAUGUUGAGGACGUGCGACAGCACUUGUGCAAGUUGAAGGAGGCCGGAAUCAUAGCUGAGUCUCGAAGUCCUUAUGCGUCCCCAAUAGUGGUGGCACGGAAGAAGAAUGGGCGAGUGCGCAUGUGUGUUGACUACAGGACGUUGAAUCGGCGAACUGUCCCUGAUCAAUAUACUGUCCCAAGAGUCGAGGAUGCGUUGGCCUGCCUGAGCGGUGCGAAGUGGUUCAGUGUGCUGGAUUUAAGAAGUGGGUAUUACCAGAUCCCGAUGAGUGCGGCCGAUAAAGAGAAGACCGCUUUUAUCUGCCCGCUGGGGUUCUUUCAGUUCGAACGAAUGCCCCAAGGCAUAUCUGGAGCCCCAGCCACCUUCCAGAGGCUCAUGGAGAGAACUGUGGGGGAUAUGAAUCUGUUGGAGGUGCUGGUGUACCUGGACAAUUUGAUAGUGUUUGGAUCGACUUUGGAGGAACAUGAGGAGAGGCUGUUGAAGGUGUUGGGCCGGCUUAAUGAAGAAGGGUUGAAGCUUUCCCUGGACAAAUGCCAGUUCUGCAAGUCGUCGGUUAACUACAUUGGCCAUAUCAUUUCGCGAGAGGGAGUGGCUACUGAUCCAACCAAGAUAGAGGCUGUGACCACCUGGCCGAGACCCCAGAAAGUGCGUGCUCUGCGCUCAUUUUUGGGGUUCUGUGGGUAUUACCGGCGAUUUGUGAAAGGAUACGCCAAAGUGUGUCACCCGUUAACUCAGCUGUUGUGUGGCUAUCCCCCGGUGGGGAAGAAGAGGACGGGGAACCAGAGGCAGGAUGCUGGAGGAUACUGGAACCCGGCGGAACCUUUUGGCUCGAGAUGGGAUGAUCAAUGUGAAGAGGCAUUCCGAUCUUUGAAAAGGGCACUGACCCAGGCCCCGGUGUUGGCUUUUGCUGAUCCCCAGAAGCCAUAUGUGCUGCACACGGAUGCCAGCCGAGAGGGUCUCGGGGCUGUUCUGUACCAGGAGCAUGGCAAAGCAUUGAGGCCGGUAGCCUUUGUCAGCCGAAGCUUGUCGCCAUCGGAGAGAAACUAUCCCACUCACAAGUUGGAGUUCCUGGCGCUGAAGUGGGCGGUGGUGGACAAGCUGGGUGAUUACCUUUAAGGAGCCAAGUUUGAGGUGAGAACGGAUAACAAUCCUCUCACUUAUAUUUUGACUUCGGCGAAGCUGGAUGCCACAGGACAUCGGUGGCUGGCGGCAUUGUCGGUAUAUGAUUUCAGCCUGAGGUACCGCCCCGGAAGCAAGAAUAUCGAUGCAGAUGCAUUGUCUCGUCGGGAGCCGGGGGAGGAGGAGAGGGACGAGGAGUGGGAGAGUGUCCCUGCCCCUGGAGUGAAGGCGAUGUGUCAGUUUGUUAUCACCGUGAAGGCCGAGGGAAGAGGGAGGCUGGAACGAGCCGUGGACCAUUUGGGGGUUUUUGACGACGCCAUACCCCUAGUUUACUGUGACCUGACCGCUCUGGGGACUAAACAGUUGCCGGAACUGAGUCCGGGGGAAGUGGCAACUGCUCAGCAAAAUGACCCGGGCAUUGGCACAGUGUGGAGAGCGGUCGAGAAGGGGGAUGGGGCGUUGGCUGAGAAGGCGAAACACCCGUACGUGCCUCUGUUGUUGAAGGAGUGGUCUCGGUUGAAGUUAAAGAACAAAAUCUUGUACCGGGUAACGACGCCUCCGGACCAACCCCGCUGUUGGCAACUGGUCCUGCCGGAGGAGUAUCGCCAGACUGUACUCCAGGCCUUACAUGAUGAUUCUGGACAUUUGGGGGUGGAAAAGACAUAUGGAUUACUCAAAGACCGGUUCUACUGGCCCCGGAUGAGGGGGGACGUCGAAGAAUACUGUAGGGGAUGCCGUCGUUGCAUCCAGAGGAAGACCCUGCCAGGAUACAUAACUGCCCCCGUCUGGAAUCACUGCCCUGAAGUUAUCAUCCAGAGGAUGGCUAAAGUCUGA